ACCUCUCUUUCCCCGGUCUCCGCAUCUCACAACCAAACUCUGGGGAGGGAAGAGGACAGCUAACUGGUGGCCAUGACACAGCCAGUACUUCUACUCCUGCUACUGGCAGCCAUGUCCUCACCAGUGUUUGGGACUGAGAUAUCAGUACUAGAGGGAACCUCUGUUACCCUUGUCUGCACAUAUCUAGGUGAUAAAAAGCUUAAGACAUGCUGGGGCAGAGGUUGUGGAUUUGUUAAGUGUACUGAUCCCAUAAUGGAAGAUAAAUCCAAAUAUAAAAUUAACGCUGAAGUUGGAAGAGUGAAUCUCACCAUUUUAAAGCUACAGCCAACAGACCGUGGGAGCUACUGCUGCAGAGUCGAUGUCCCUGGAUUUUUCAAUGAUCUUAAACAAUUCUACAGCCUGAGGGUAGUCAAAGGUUGUGUGAGGGACCUACUGGACGAAGUCCAUUUUCUGGGGAACAAUAUUGCGAAUCAGCCAUUUACAACCGAAAAUGCAAGUCAGUGCAGGCAGGAAUGCACCAAAAAUUACACAUGCCAGUACUUCACAUUUGUUGAUGAAAACGCAGGAAAAAUAGUCCACAGAAACAAAUGUUUCCUGAAGGCCUCAACUGGUCAUACGCCUGAAAUUACAAUACAGCACCUCCAACAUGGAACCUCAGGCUACUCUCUGAGAAACUGCAGUGGUAAAGUCACCCACUCAGCCAAAAAGUACAGCCUCGUCCCUGAGAAGAAAAACUGGACCGAAGCACAAGAAUACUGCAGACAACACUACACAAACCUUGCCAUCAUACGCACAGAAGAGGAUUGGAAGGCAAUUCAAUCCUCUUUGGGUGAUUUCAGUGGUGAUGUGUGGAUUGGGCUCCAUAGGUCUGGUCCAACUGAAAAGUGGAAGUGGUCUGAUGGAGAGGACUUCAUGUUCUUUAACUGGAAAGAAGGUUUUGGUGUCCAUGCUGAGGGUCAUGACUGUGUCUUGUCUAUUUCAUCUCAUUGGCAACCAGUGACUUGUGCAGCCCUAAGUCAGUAUAUGUGUCAACGAGUUCAUCAUGGUAAUGGAACAACAGAGAAGGUGUAUGAGCUGAUGCAGGAGCCAAAGACGCAACAGGAUGCUGUGACAGACUGCAGGAAAAUAAACGGCGGAGAACUGGCGAGCAUCUGUAACCAGAAAGAACAGGAAGCCUUUGAUGAGGUUACUACAGGGAAAACCUGGAUUGGACUUCAGCAGAAGAACAAACUAUGGAAUUGGUCCAACGGAGAACCAUUUCAGCAAUGGGAACAUACCAUGGGAGGUGGAAACUGUGUACAGCUGAACUCAGACAGAAAAUGGACACCAAAAGAUUGCUCUAGUCAAAGUAUUUUCCUUUGCUAUGGAGAUGAACACCCACUUAACACCACAGGGGAUUUGACCAUUCCUGUUACCCCUGAAUCCACCAGCCCUAUUUCCACCACAACACCUACCACUUUACUACCUACUGCUACUAAUGGACAGUCCACCACCUCACCAACUACAACCACUAAUGGACAGUCCACCACCUCACCAACUACCACUGCUAAUGGACAGUCCACCACCUCGUGUACAAAUUACCUGCACUACGUCAACGAGUCCAAGAGCUGGAUCAAUGCCCUGGAGUUCUGUAAAAGUCGUGGCUCCAAGUCCAACCUGGUGCACAUCACCAACCAGACCGUACAGGCUGACGUGACCCAGCUCCUGGCUAAUGUGGAGCUGCCAUGUGUGGGGGUAUGGAUUGGUCUGGAGCGGUCCAUCUUUGAGUGGAGCGCCCCCUGGCUGUGGACCAGUGGUGAUGUUGAUAAGGUGGUGAAGUACAGUGGGUGGCACAGCUGCUUCCCCCUCAAUCCCAUCAAUUAUCACUGUGAUCUCCAACAGAGGGCUCACCAUGGCAGCCUGGACAGUCUGCAGACAGACACUAUGUAA